AUGUCCGGCGAAGCUCCUACUCCUGCCGCUGCAGCUGUUGCUGCUCCCUUGUCUGUCGAGGCAAACGGCGCGGUCGCCGCUUCCGAGCCAUUUGGCACCUCCACCCCCGUCAUUGGAAGGAAGGAUGCAACAAUCUCCGAACCAGUCGUUGUCGAAGAGCAGCAGGCGGUUGCUGCUGAGCCUGAGCCAUCCACGGCUGUCGCCACAGACACGUCCGAUGCUGAUGCGGAUGCGGCUGCUGCUGUGGCUGCGGCCGCCGCGGCUGCUGCUGCUGCCGACGCGUCGAGCGCCGCUCAGACCAUCACCGAGCUCGCCACUGCCGCUACCAAUGCUGCCAACGCCGGCGCCGACGCCGACGCAUCCGUCUCCGAACAGCCCGCCGAAGCAUCCGCCACUGUCGACGCGCCUGAAGCUGCAACUGAUGCUGCUCCUGCUGCUGCUCCUGCCACCGAGGAUCAGCCUGAAGACGCUGCUGCUGCUCCUGCCGAGGCCGAAACCACCUCGGGUCUCCCGCGCAACGUGGAAACCGAGCUGCGCGAGAUCUACUCGGUCUCAAGCGCCAUCGCCAAUUUCUCUGUGGCACACGUCAACCAGGUGCACGUGCCGACGCCGCAAAAGGUGCGCACCAUCAUCCAAAAGGCACUCAAGCUCACCUCGUCGCUCAGCAUGCUCCUGGCGCAGCCCGAAGUCGCACUUCGACAGCUGGACGCCGAAGAGCACGGCAAGCGCCCUGCUGAGUCCAAGCUGGACUCGGCACGCAAACGCCCACGCUCUUCCGACUGGGACUCCAAGACGGCCACUUCGAGCGGCGAUCCCAUGACGCCCUACACGCCCACCUCGGGUUUGAGAGUGUUCCCCGAUGGAUCGCUGCCCACGUCGUUCCCUUCGCCUGGCUUUGACAGCGAUUCCAAGGGUCCGCAGUACAAGAAGCGCAGCCGCGCCCCCGCUCCCGGUUCGUGCCAGGCGUGCGGCACCACCGAGACUCCCGAAUGGCGUCGAGGCCCCGAUGGCGCGCGUACCCUUUGCAACGCGUGCGGUCUGCACUAUGCCAAGCUGGUGCGCAAGCGUAUGCAGCAGGAGGGCGGUGAGGAGCCUUCGCCCAGCCAGGCGCCUCCUCAGGUGAGCCUGGUGAGCCUCGAGGAGCUGCGUGCGUCGACCAAGAGCGCCGAGGCGGCGGCGGCUGCCGGCUUGACGCCGUCCGGUUCCUCCAAGUCGCUCAACGGCACGCCUUUGAAGCUGGACAGGAGCGAGGCAUGGAACACCCCCUCGAAGCCGCCUCGUGUUGCGUCGUCGCUCGGCAACAGUGUGAUCGCUGGCAACUUGGACGGGAGCGACAAGGUGGGCGAUGGCGAGGUGGCCCCACCCCCGCCGGCUCCCGAGACCUCGGCGCCUGCUCAGACGGCGGGGAUUGUCGAGCCUGCUCCUACGCCUGCUACAACCGAGGCACCUGCCACCGCGUCUGCCACGGCUGCGCCAGAGCCCGCGAUUGCGCCCGAACUGGCCGGUGAAGUGGGAACAGCCGACGAGAGUAACCAGGAGCGUCCUAUGGAAACGGAUCAAUAG